AUGGAAGGCGUGGUACACAGAACAGUGGAAGUGAAUGGCAUAAAAAUGCAUGUAGCAGAGAAAGGAGAGGGUCCCGUGGUUUUGUUCCUCCAUGGCUUCCCUGAACUCUGGUACUCCUGGCGCCACCAGAUUCUGGCUCUUGCUUCCCGAGGAUACCACGCUGUUGCUCCAGAUCUACGUGGCUUCGGUGACACGGAGGCACCACCUUCAAUCAGCAGCUACAACUGCUUGCACAUAGUGGGUGAUCUCGUUGCCCUCAUCGACUCUCUGGGUGUCCAACAAGUCUUCCUUGUGGCUCAUGACUGGGGUGCCCUCAUAGGUUGGUACCUCUGCAUGUUUCGCCCUGACAGAGUGAAGGCCUAUGUCUGCCUCUCUGUCCCUUUCCUCCGCAGAAACCCCGACAUCAAAACGGUAGAUGGCAUGCGUGCUGUGUAUGGAGAUGACUACUACAUCUGCAGAUUUCAGAAACCAGGCGCAAUGGAGGCUCAGAUGGCUGAUGUUGGAACUGAGUAUGUGCUCAAAAACAUUCUCACAACUCGCAAACCUGGUCCCCCAAUCCUUCCCCCUGGAGAGUUUGGAACUGGAUUCAAUCCAGACAUGACCGACACUUUACCCUCUUGGCUCACAGAAGAAGAUCUUGCCUAUUAUGUCUCCAAAUUUGAGAAAACAGGUUUCACUGGAGCCUUGAACUACUACAGGAAUUUGAACUCAAAUUGGGAGCUGACGUCACCAUGGAGUGGAGUGCAAAUCAAGGUGCCAAUAAAAUUCAUCACAGGUGAGUUGGACAUGGUAUACACCUCACUAAACACGAAGGAUUAUAUCCACGGUGGAGGUUUCAAGGAAGAUGUGCCAAAUUUAGAAGAAGUAAUUGUGCAGAAAGGAGUUGCUCACUUCAACAAUCAAGAAGCAGCCGAGGAAAUCAGUAAUUACAUAUACGAGUUUAUCAAGAACCACAUGCUCUAUUCCAUCCAGAAUGUUGUAACCCCAGAGUUGGAAGCUGAGACUAUAUUGCCUCCUUGUGCUAGCAUAGCUAGCAGAAGGGCUACCAGGUAUGCUUCAAUGUUAGAGGUAGAGAAGAAUAACAGUGCGAUUCUCCCUUGGCAGGGUGCUACAUGUAUUCUUGCAUGA